AUGGCAGCUGUAUGCUCUCCUCUUUACCCUCCAGCAUUUCUCUCCUCCUCCUCUUCUGUAAAAUGUAAACUUCCAAUCAAAAUCCACACUGUAAAAAGAACUUCACUGACCCCACAUGUAACUCGAAUUGGACAUGACGGUUCUUAUAUAAACCAUCUACAGAGAAGUGUUGUUUUGAGGUCAGCUCUUGAUGAAGUUCCUGUUCUAGACCCAGGAAAACCAGCAAUCCAGCAAUCUCAUUUUCUCUGUGAAUGAGAGCUGCUUACCUCUAGUGCUGUUUCUGGCCUGAACAGAGGUCUUGCUGCUAGUGAAGAUGAUCAACUGAAGGCAGAUGUUGCUGCCAAGCAGCUUGAAGCUGUGGGAGGGCUGGUUGAUCUCUCAAAUGAUAUCGAUAAGCUGCAAGGGAGAUGGAAGCUUAUAUAUAGCAGUGCAUUCACCCUAGGUGGAAGUCGUCCUGGACCUCCCACUGGAAGGCUGCUCCCCAUAAGUCUGAUAGAUAGCCUGCCACAUGACAGGCUACUUCUUGUAUUCCAACGAAUCGAUGUCCAAGGCAAAGAUUUCGACAACAUCGUAGAGCUUGAAUUAGGAGCUCCAUGGCCCCUACAAUCUGUUGAAGUGACUGCCACUUUGGCCACUAAUUUGAGCUCAUAGGUUGACGAAUGCUUCGAGAAAACAACUGUUAAGACAACUGGGAACUUAUCACAUCUUCCGCCAUUAGAAGUACCUCGAAUUCCAGAUGCAUUCAGGCCUCCAUCUAUUACUGGAAGUGGUGAGUUUGAAGCUACCUACCUUGAUGCUGAUACCCGUGUGACAAGAGGAGAGCUUCGAGUUUUUGUGAUCUCGUAA